AUGAUCAGACCAUUCUAUGAGAAGAAGCUUACAGAAACUCAGCUCCACAAACAUGAGGCCGACUUGGAGAUUAUACUGAAGUACUUUGAUGUUAAAAAAGCCAAGUUUGUGUUUGGGGAGACAGAAAUGGAAAUAACAUUGCAGGACAUAAAUGAAUUGUUUGACCUGCCAACAACUGGUAUUGAAUGGGACCUGAGCAAGAAGGUGCUCAAGGAGGAACGGAAGGCAUCUUCGAUAUUUGACGUCAACAUGAGGAAAGAAACAGUAAUAAAACCUGAUCUGGAAAACAAACUCAGCAAGGAGCUCGGCAAGAAGAAGAACGCUGAUCCUAAGAUAAUUGCUGCACUGCUUAUCAUGUACCUCUUCAAUGCAUUCUUCUUCAGCAGGACAUCAACAACCUUGACAUGGGACCUCAUCAACGCUUGUGAAGACAUAGAUAACAUAAACAGUUUCAAUUGGGCCAAGAUGGUACUAGAUUUUCUGCUGGAUGGCCUUCAGAGUACUGGUUCUUGGAGAAGACCAAGAUCAGAAACUGGAUUCCAAGAAUGGAGGAUGAGAAACCGAGAUUUGUUCCCCAAGCGAGCCAAGACGAGGAAGAGGAGACCAUAA